AAUACUUGGGGUUUUAAGAAGUAAGUUUUGUAAAAUAAGUGGCCACAAGAGUUGCUCACAAGCGUUUUCUGACAUUGGGCACACAUGAGCCCUGUCUGUGCUGCAUCAGCACACGUAUGUCAGAAUUAGAAUUGGCACAAGGUAAGUGUUUUGUUUGGAGAUACUGGCCCAAUCAAAUGUUUCCAAAUCCCAAUAGCAUAUAAAGUAGUUAUCUCCAGGUAAUACUAUUGCAGUAUUUUCUCUGCCCAGGAAAUGAAUAUUAUCCAUUAACACUCUGACAUGUCAAUGUUAAGCAAUCAAAUUUAAAAUUCUAGCAACAAAGCAGAAUAUUUGGUAAUUGGUCAGGGAGAACUCUGGGAAACAGUGACGUGAGGGUCCCCAUGGCCUCUGUCCCUGAUGACCCAGUUAUUAUUUGAUUUAUGUGGACUUGCAGUUGCCCUUGCUUCGACCCCAGAAAAGGCUGUGUGGGAAGUUUGUGUCUCAGAGCCGUAGCAUUGCUCUGCAGAGUGUCUGGAGCCUAGUGUAUGCACAGAAACUGAUAAAUAGGGAAAAGGCCCAGUUUGCUCCAGCUGGACUCAGCUCGGAUCAGCCUGGUGGAUUCAACUCUGGAAGGAAGAAACUCUCCGGAGCUACUGUUGCCUCCUUAAAAGUCUGACACAUAGGAGAGUGAAUGAAACAGUGUAGCUGGGAGCAGAAUAUGGCAAACACAUUUGUCACUGUGCCUGAUGGGUACUGUCUUCCUGAGCCCAUACAGUAUUAUGAUGUUUUGCCAGAGCACAUCAACUACCAGCUGCAGGACACAGAUUUUCAGACUGCACCGUACUGCCAGUACUCCACAGUUCCAGUUCCUCCUCCAGUUCUGCAGCCCCAGCCCCCUCAGCCCCAGUACAGCACAUUCAGCCUGGACCCCCCAUACAGCGAUGGGCCCUGUAUUGUCAGCAGCUGUGACCUGAGCAAACCCCCUUUCGUGGCUCCCCACGCUGAUGACGGGGAAUACCCAGGUCUAAAACGGCCAAGAUUAAGCCACUCUUCCUUGAGGCUGAAGGGGCAGGAGGAGCUGUGCGUGGUGUGUGGGGACAAGGCCUCUGGCUAUCACUACAACGCGCUGACCUGCGAGGGCUGUAAAGGCUUCUUUCGACGUAGCAUAACCAAAAAUGCAGUGUAUCGAUGCAAGAAUGGUGGUCAUUGUGAAAUGGACAUGUACAUGCGAAGGAAGUGUCAGGAAUGUCGCUUGAAGAAGUGUAAAGCUGUGGGAAUGCUAGCAGAAUGUUUGUUGACUGAGGUACAGUGCAAGUCAAAGCGACUCAGGAAGAAUUUCAAACAGAAGAGCAGUUUUCUUUGCAACAUAAAACUGGAAGAUGAAGGACUGAAUAGUAAGCAAGUAUCAUCUACGACAAGAUCUGGAAAAAUCCCAGAGAAGCUGGAACUUACUCCAGGGGAACAUCAGCUUCUUGAUCACAUUGUAGCAGCACACCAAAAAUACACAAUUCCCCUUGAGGAAGCAAAGAAGUUUCUACAAGAAACUGCAAGUCCUGAAGAAAGUUUUCUCCGUCUGUCUGAGACAGCAGUCAUCCAUGUACAAGUGUUAGUGGAUUUCACAAAAAGACUUCCAGGAUUUGAAAGUUUAGCUAGUGAAGAUCAGAUUGCACUGCUAAAAGGGUCAACAGUGGAAGCAAUGUUUUUGCAUUCAGCCCAAAUAUAUAACCAAAGAAUUAAUGAAUGCCAACCAUCAACAAGUGAAAGUCAUGUAAGACUUUCUGAUCAUGGGACAUGCUGUCAUGUUCAAAACCUUGAUAAAACCAAUAUUUAUUCCAUGGAAAUACCUCACAAUGAAGAGAGUCCAACUUCGACUACUACUACAGGUAUAACUGAGGAGUUCAUUACCGCACUGUUUUACUUCUACAGAAGCAUGGGGGAACUGAAAGUGACAGAGACCGAGUAUGCCCUGCUUGUAGCAACAACCGUAUUUUUUUCAGACCGCCCGCUCCUGAAGAACAAGCGCCACGUAGAAGAGCUGCAGGAGCCGCUCCUGGGCAUCCUCUACAAGUACUCGAAGAUCCAUCACCCCGAGGACCCCCAGCAUUUCGCCCGCCUUAUCGGCCGCCUCACGGAACUGCGCACCCUCAACCAUACCCACGCGGAGGUGCUGGUGACAUGGAGAACAAAGGACCCCCGGCUGACCUCCGUGCUGUACGGGAUCUGGGAUCUGCUGUAGGCGAUGCCGCGCUCCCUCAGCACCGCUGCUGCGCCGCGCGCCGCCGCCCCUCCCGCCUCGCUCGCGCGCCGUCGUUUCCCGCCCUUUUGUCCUCCCUCAGCAGCCGGCGCGGGGAGCGUUAGUGUGCCCGUCAUGAGGUGUUGGCUCUGAGGCCCACCCAUUUCUCCGAGGCAAUGGAAAAAGAAAAACCGUUUAAAUUGUUCGUGCCGCCGCGUCUGAGCGGCGGUCAGGUGUCUGCAGUCAAACCCCAGACGAGCACUCGGUCAGCGGGGCUGUGUCAGGUAAACGGUGCUGUCGGCUGCCGUGCUCUGGAGGCGGCGGCAGGCGGGCCCUUCCGCGGGGACGGGGGGGGCCGCGGCCCAGCGAAGUCCUGAACCUCCGUCCUGGAAAGAAUACCUAUGCGUUACAGCGGCUGCGCUGAACUCAUUUUUCUUCAAACUGUUAAGAUCGGUGCCUGGGGAGGAAAUAUUAAGUUUUAAUUUCAAAUAAUUGUAUAAUUAUUUUUUUUUUCUGUCAAAACGGAAGAGAUUAAUCUUCUCAAGCAUUUGCAAUGUAUUUUAACUGUAUAGCACUGAUGAAAGACACGUUUGUGGGUAACUGAGAACAGUAAGUGGAAUGUACACCACUCAGAUACCCUUACUGGCUUUGAUUUAUUGGUCCCACCAGAUCAAGUGUGUAGUGAAAAUGUUCUGUUGCUAUGCUCUGAGUUAUGUGAAUUCAAGAUUUUUUCAUGUUGAGGCUCCUUAUGUAAUGUUUAGAUUCAAAUGUGAUAUUCUGACAGGAGAUGAGUUACACUCUUAACAGGACAAAUUUAUGUGACUUAAAUGGCCCUGUAAAAUGCAAUUUUCAUGCUAAGUCAUAAUCAUAUGUGCUUUAGACGUACUCUUGGGAAUAAAGCCAAAAAAAUAAGUAUCGGAUACUAGACUUGAAAAAAAUUACGUUGGUUAAUUCUUUACUGUGCAACUGUGUACAGGCUUGCAGUAGUUACUAAGUUCUUGUCAUCAAAAGCUUCCAUUUUGACUACAGUCUAGUCUAUGAAGCAAACUACAAAAGACCAACAAUUUGAAAAGCUACUGUGAAGUAAGAACUAUGCAGGAGAAUUCCAGAGUAAUUAUCAAUACCUUGAGCCUUGAAAAUUGUAGGUUGUUGAUUUAUUUAUGAAAAAAUCUAUUUUUACAUUAGCUGUAUUUUUUCUGGGUUUUAUGAUCCUUUACAAAUCUACCCAUUAGAAACUAAUUUUUAAAUUUGUGCAGGGCUUUAACAAAUUCCCAGAUGAUGAUUUUAGUUUGCCAUUUGUAAUGAGUACACCGAACCAUGUUGAAAUCACUGAUUCAGGUAAGAUUAAAAUAAGCUCUCACAUUGCA